AUGGCAGGGGACGUGGAAGGAUUUAAUUCCUCCAUCCAUGACACCAGCGUCUCAGCUGGGUUCAGAACACUGUAUGAGGAGGGAUUACUGCUUGAUGUCACUCUUGUCAUUGAGGAUCACCAAUUUCAAGCUCAUAAAGCACUUCUUGCCACCCAAAGCGAUUACUUCAGGAUUAUGUUUACUGCUGAUAUGAGGGAACGAGAUCAGGAUAAAAUCCACUUAAAAGGACUGACAGCAACAGGCUUUAGCCAUGUUCUCCAGUUCAUGUACUAUGGAACUAUUGAACUGAGCAUGAGCACUGUUCAUGAGAUCCUGCAGGCUGCCAUGUAUGUUCAACUUAUUGAAGUGGUGAAGUUCUGCUGCUCCUUUCUCUUAGCAAAAAUAUGUUUGGAAAAUUGUGCAGAAAUUAUGAGACUUUUAGAUGACUUUGGUGUAAACAUUGAAGGAGUAAGAGAAAAACUGGAUUCCUUUUUGUUAGAAAAUUUUGUGCCUCUCAUGGCCAGACCUGAUUUUUUAUCCUAUCUCAGUUUUGAAAAGCUUAUGACUUAUUUGGAUAAUGAUCAUCUGAGCAGAUUCCCAGAGAUAGAACUCUAUGAGGCUGUUCAGGCUUGGCUGCGGCAUGAUAGAAGACGCUGGAGACAUACCGACACCAUCAUUCAGAAUAUCAGGUUUUGUUUGAUGACACCAUCCAGUGUUUUUGAAAAGGUGAAAACUUCAGAAUUUUAUCGUUAUUCCAGACAGUUACGGCACGAAGUGGAGCAGGCUAUGAAUUACUUCCAUUGUGUGCAUCAACAGCCUUUGAUGGAAAUGAAAUCAAAUCGCAUUCGUUCUGCCAAACCCCAGACUGCAGUAUUUAGAGGAAUGAUAGGACACAGCAUGGUAAAUAGCAAAAUCCUCCUCCUGCACAAGCCAAGGGUCUGGUGGGAGUUAGAAGGCCCACAAGUACCUUUGAGACCAGAUUGCCUUGCUAUUGUUAAUAACUUUGUAUUCUUAUUGGGUGGGGAAGAGUUGGGGCCAGAUGGUGAAUUUCAUGCUUCCUCCAAGGUGUUCCGAUAUGAUCCAAGGCAAAACUCUUGGUUGCGAAUGGCAGAUAUGUCUGUGCCACGGUCAGAAUUUGCUGUUGGUGUUAUUGGAAGAUACAUCUAUGCAGUAGCUGGAAGAACAAGAGAUGAGACAUUUUAUUCAACCGAACGAUAUGAUAUUACAGAAGAUAAGUGGGAGUUUGUAGAUCCUUAUCCGGUCAAUAAAUAUGGACAUGAAGGAACUGUUCUUGGCAGCAAGUUGUACAUCACUGGUGGAAUAACAUCGUCUUCUACAUCCAAGCAGGUUUGUGUGUUUGAUCCCAGUAAAGAAGGGACAGUGGAGCAGCGAACAAGGAGGACUCAAGUGGUGACUAAUUGUUGGGAAAACAAAUGCAAAAUGAAUUAUGCAAGAUGUUUUCACAAAAUGCUUUCCUAUAACGGCAAGCUUUAUGUUUUUGGAGGUGUGUGUGUAAUUCUGAGAGCCUCGUUUGAAUCUCAAGGGUGCCCUUCUACAGAGGUUUACGAUCCAGAUACUGAUCAAUGGACAAUUUUGGCUUCUAUGCCAAUUGGUAGAAGUGGCCAUGGAGUGGCUGUUCUGGACAAGCAGAUAAUGGUUCUUGGAGGCCUUUGUUACAAUGGUCACUACAGUGAUUCAAUUCUUACUUUUGACCCUGAAGAUAAUAAAUGGAAAGAAGAUGAAUAUCCGAGAAUGCCCUGCAAACUUGACGGUUUACAAGUUUGUAGCCUACAUUUUCCUGAGUAUGUGCUAGAACAUGUUAGACGUUGUAGUUAAAACAACAGACUUAAGAAGAAAGUAUUCAUGAGAAAAGCAGAGUAAAGUAGAGGGAAAUAAAGCAAAUUAAAUGUCACUGACCUGUGUAAUAUACAUCUUAAUAAAGAAAAAAGUGUACAGGAAUGCAUUUACAAAGUUUAUUAGGAAUGCCAAUAACUGCAGUUUCAUAAUGAUUAAUUUUUUUUACAUAUUAUGAGAGAAGAGAAAAUAAAAGAUGUUCUUCCAUUUUAUUUGUUAUAAAACCAUGUAAUAGACACACAUGAACACAUGUCUCUAAACAAAACUUUAUGGUUCAGAAAAUACUGGAACAUACUGUUUUUGAAAGGUGGUUUAAAAGCAAAUGUAUUGUGCAUUUAAAUUUUUUAAACAGGUGAACAUUUCGGCACCCUUACUAGAACAUAUUCUCUUCUAAUAAGUGCAAUGGUUUUUUUGUUUUAAGUACAUAAUUUGUUUUUUGGAUACUUCUUUUUCACUUUUAUGCCCCCUGAACAAAUUUGACACAUCAUCUUUUGAUAUUGGUCACAAUUUAAAAUAGUUUUCUAUUUUUUUAUAUGAUUUUCCUUAGUUUUAUGCAAUAGUUCCAGUUAGUCUUGCUGAAAAAUAAGUUUCUGAAAGUAACAGUUUUUUAUGAAAAUUCUAGACUGCCUUUGUUUUAAUUGUGAAAAAAAAUUUAUGUAUACAGUAUGGUCAAAAUAAAAUGCAUAUUUUUAUGUGCAGCUAAAAUCUAUUUUUAAAGUGCACAGAUAUCAGCCAUAUCUGUAGAAUUUUAGCUGUGAUGGUACCCUUUCAUAUAUACAUUCAUUGGAUAAUUGAAAGCUUCAUUGUCAUUAAUGUAAUAUAUGUUUGGUAUCUGCUGACUGAUGGAAUAAUAUUUGAAGUCCUUUUAAUGCAAAUAAGGAAGAAAGUGAAGAAAGUGUGUGUAUUUUUUAAAGAUUUUCCAAGUUUUAUCAUAUUAGUGCUUUGUCCCGAAGAUAUACAUAAUGUCUAUAAUAAGCAUAAAAUCUGCUAUGAGCAGAUAGUUUUCUCCAGGUAUUACCAGCUAUUGACAAAACCAUUUCCUUGCACUGAUUAAGCUAUUAUACUUAAAAACAGAGAUUUGACUGACUCAGCAUUAUUUCAGCAAACUUGAAAAUAUUACUGGCUUCACUAUUUCUAAAUAAGGUGGAUGGCCAGCACAGGGAUCCUGUAUCCCUUGAAAUUUUGUUGAACUACAACACCCAACCUCAGUCAACAAGGCCAGUUGUAGUUGGCAAAAUUUGGACUUCCCAUCUCUGGACAAUAGGAUAUUGUUAAAAGCACUCCAUAAAUCUGUAGAUGCAUGUCUGAAAAUGAAUGAUAUCCCUCAAUCUGAAUAGAACCUUGGAUUGAUAAUGAGCUUUCUUUAUCUCUUUAAAGUAAUUUGGAAAUGUGAAAAAUAAUACUUGACAAUUUGAAACUUGCUGACUCGAGGCAGACUGCUGAAAUGGUUUCAUGAGACUCAAAUGGUCAUGUAAAACAUAAAGAUAUAAACUGCACAAUUUUAUUUCAGCACUUGGGGAACCUCUAUACAACAACAUGCUAUAUUCUUGGAGUUUAAAAUUAUGCAUGUGAUAAGUUCCCAAUCUGUAUUGUGUUAAACAGCAACAUACUUGACUGAAGCAAAUGAGGCUCUAAUGUUUAUAUAAUUGUGUUCUUUCCAAGCUUUUCUCUCUGAAAGAUAAAUUUAUGGGGCAAUAUUACUUUGUGAUUAUCUCAAAGAUCACAAGUAUAAAUUACCCAUGUAAUAAUAUGCUAUGUUUACUGAGGUCAUGUUAUAUUAAAAAAGGUAGACCAAAUUUUCUCAUUAGUUUCUUGUACACAGACAAUAGUUGAAUGUUCAUAAAUUUUAUGUUUCUGAAAAAAGCAUCUUAUUAGCACAAAUUCAAAUGCACAUUAAACCAAAAGUGAUCCUCUUGUUUGUGUAACUUAUGUUUACUUCUUUUAAUAUAGACAUUUACAGUUACUAACCUUAUUAAGAUGCAACCAAAGCUUCAUUCUGUAAUUGACAACAUAAUAAGAUAAACAGAAUUUAUGUGAUAGGGAAAAUGUAAUGCCAGAAGUCAACAGUUUAAGAGCAAAACAACCCUGCUUGGAUUCAGUUUUGAAGGCAUAUUGGUAUAUAUCGCCAGUAAUUCCUGAAUGAAUAAAAUAAUUCUGAUCUUUUAUUCAUAAAAUAAAAGCAUACUAAUGUGUAUAUACACACAUUCAUUCGUUAUUUCUAUUUUGCUAUAGACCUAUUCAUUUUUUAUUAGUAUAUAGAAUAUAGCAUAUAAAGAGGGGGAAAUUGUAAAUGAGUUUAAUCCACAGCAUGUUUCAAAAUGUGAUGUAUAACUUCUCACAUCCCAUUUUAAGAACUUAUGUUGCCAGAGGAACAUAAUCUAAGUUUCUCAAAAUAAGUACAGUUUUUUAGUAACUUCUUGAAUUUUGCUCACCAUAAAAUUUACUUUUAUUUUAUUUAGUCUAUUCAUUUGACUAAAAUUAACUAAUUCUAGAAGUGUUUGUGAUAGCAGGAUAAGAUCAGAUAAAAAUGGAAGUGAUUUUUUCCCCAAGUACAUUAAAGAGCUACUUUUGUAUCAUGUUAAUUAUUACAUGUAUGAAGAGCAGAGAACCUUAAGCACUUACUGUUGCUGCUUCAUUAUGGUUGCUAUGAGAUCAAAGACUUGGCUGUAAGAAAAUGAGAGUUUUUGAUUACAUCUAACUUGGGGGAAAUCAUUAGGUUAGGCUUAAGCGAUGGCUUACCUGCCUGGCUUUUAAGUAAUCUCAAAGGGCUUCUAAGGCCAAGGUCUUCACUGCUUAUAUAUAAAAUAUUUUUUAUAAAAUAUA